AUGGAGAGAGGAAGUGAAUUUGGCAAAAGUGUGAAAGAUUUGAGAUCAAAUAAGAUAAAAAGCAUUCCACCUGGUUCUUUUUCGGGACUCAAUCAUUUAAAUACACUGUUAUUAAAUCAUAAUGAGAUUGGAUAUUUAUCCCGAGAUGCAUUUGUUGGAUUACCAGAAUUACGUUACUUAUAUUUGCAUAAAAACCAGAUUGAAACUAUUGAAAAUGGAACAUUUAAUCACGUGAACAAACUGGAACAACUAUAUUUGUUUGACAACUAUAUCAAGCAUCUUCCUGUGGGGGUUUUCUCAAAUUUGUUUAGACUGCGGAAACUGCGACUAGAAAAUAACCCCCUUGUUUGUGAUUGCAACCUUUUGUGGCUGUCAGAGAAAUUAAAACAGGUAAACGAGCAGACAGAAAUCAUUGCUACUUGUGAGCAACCUUCCAGUUUAGAAGGAUUGUCAGUUGCCUCACUUUUGCCGGACCAGUUUCAAUGCCGGAAACCCCAGUUCAUCACCCAGCCUGAAAAUGCUCGGUUUGCCAUUGGACGGACAGUAUUUUUCCGAUGUUCUGCUGUGGGAGACCCUGAACCACAAAUUAUUUGGCUUCAUAACCAUGAAGUUGUCCAACAGAGUUCAAGGCAUAUCAUCUUAGAUGAUGAUUCCCUUAUGAUUCAGAACCUACGCACAGAAGACCGUGGAUUCUAUAGCUGUCUUGCUCGAAAUACAGCGGGAGAGACAGAAAGUCAGGAAGCCUUGUUAGAGCCAAAUGUGACACCUUCUAUAGUUCAAAAUAAUCACCCAGGACACAAUCUGAGUCACAUUCAAGACAGUCAUUUCAUUUUCGAGAUUCAGAAGGUUUCUUUCCCCGCCGUUCUGAUAUCACAACAGUCCGUGGAGAGACAAUCCAAUUGGCUUGUUCUGCUAAUAGUGGCUCUGUUCUAUCCACCACAGGAAGAUGAAGGCGUUUAUCAAUGUACUGCAACUUCUGGCACUAAUGUUUUUACAUCAGAAUCAAGAAUAACUGUGCAAGUGCCACCAUCAUUUACGCAAUCACCAGAGGACCAAACAGUUGUUGAGGGUGAAACAGUUGCAUUUAGAUGUGUUACUGAUGGUAACCCUGUCCCUGUCAUCACCUGGUCAAAAGAUAAUGAACCUUUACCAAACAAUGGACGAUUUGAAAUUGUUGAAAAUGCUCAGGUCUUGAGGGUCAUACGUGUUCGCUUUUCUGAUCGGGGUUUAUAUAUAUGCCGCGCUGAAAAUACUGCUGGACGAAGAGAAACCACAGCAGAGUUGGCCAUUACGCCCAGAGUGCCCCCAUCGAUUGUUCGCCAACAGAGAGAUAUAGAGGUUAACUUUGGUUCUCGAGUAACACUUGUGUGUGAAGCUCAGGGUGAACCAACACCGGAGUUCCGCUGGGUCAGAAACCGUCUGCCUGUCCAGUAUAGUCAACGUGUUCAGAGUGUUGGUAAUACGCUGGUAAUUCAGAGAGUGCAGUUCCAUGAUGCUGGACGUUAUGAAUGUGUGGCAGAAAAUGUGGAAGGUGUAGACAGGAGUUCUUUCUAUUUGAAUGUUCUGUCUGACAAUAGAAUUUAUGCUGGUAAUUCUUUUGUGAAUGAGUCUGCAGCCGAGGCAAUAAACAGAAUUAAUAUAGCUGCCAAUGAGACAUAUCGCGAUCUGUUUGACACAACCAAGACACAUUCGAUUCAAGACCUGUUGACAAUUGUUCGCUAUCCAACAUCAGAUGCUUUGGAACUUGCAAAAGCAGAAGAGAUCUUUGAGCAGACUUUAGAGAUAAUUAGUCAACACGUCAGAGAAGGUAACAGAUAUAAUCUUGAAGGAUAUGAAGAAAACUAUAGAGAUCUCAUCUCUCCGGAUCAUCUUCAUCUAAUUGCUUACAUGUCUGGUUGUUCUAAGAAUAUGCCACAAACUGAUUGCUCAGAUAUGUGCUUUCACAAGAAGUACCGUUCAACUGAUGGCUCCUGCAACAAUCUACAAAACCCGACAUAUGGCUCAGCAAAUCGUGCUUUUAUACGUCUCCUUUCUCCAAGAUAUGAAAAUGGUUUUAAUACCCCAGUAGGAUGGAACCCUUCCAAAGUGUACAAUGGUGUCCAUUUACCAAGCCCCAGGUUAAUCUCUUCCUUAAUGAUUGGUUCUCCGCAUGUCACUGAUGAUGACAACAACACGCAUAUGUUGAUGCAAUGGGGUCAGUUUGUUGACCAUGAUUUAGACUUGGCCCCUCAGGCCAUUAGUUACACACGCUUCAGUGAUGGCAGAAAAUGCAAUGAAACUUGUGAAAACAAGCUGCCAUGUUUUCCUAUUCAGGUACCCCAGAGUGACCAGCGAAUCCGUAACAGGUCAUGUUUAGGAUUUGCCCGAUCCAGUGCCACAUGUAAUACCGGCCAAACUUCAAUCUUCUUCAAUACACUUGCACCAAGGCAACAGCUUAAUGCCAUCACAGCUUUUAUUGAUGCUUCUAAUGUCUAUGCCAGCAAUGUAACUGAGGCUUUGAACCUGAGAGACACAACCAGCAACAGAGGUUUGCUUCGGGUGGGAGCACUGCCAGAUGGAAAAGCACUUCUACCAUUUGAUAAUGAUGGCCUGUUAAAACAUGUUGAUUGUCAAAUUGAAGCCACAAAGCGCCACCUACCCUGUUUCUUAGCUGGUGAUCAUCGUGUAAACGAACAAUUGGCCCUCACUGCAAUGCACACUUUAUGGCUUCGGCAGCACAACCAUGUAGCCACUGAAUUGCUACAGCUCAACCCUCAGUGGGAUGGAACAAUGUUGUACCAUGAAACCCGAAAAAUCAUCGGUGCCAUGAUGCAACAUAUUACUUACACCCAUUUUUUACCCCACUUUCUUGGACCCUCAGGAAUGAAGGCUCUGGGAGAGUACAAAGGUUAUCAACCUCAGGUGAACCCAACCAUCUCAAAUGAAUUUGCCACUGCUGCUUUCCGUGUUGGUCAUACUCUGGUCCAGCCAAUCAUCUAUCGACUAAAUGAAAGUUUCCAGCAAAUCAGACAUGGAAACCUUCCUCUUCACAGAGCUUUUUUCUCUCCUUAUAGACUAGUGGAGGAGGGGGGAAUUGAUCCCUUGCUUAGAGGUCUCUUUGGGGUUGCAGCAAAGAAACAGCUACCUAAGGAAAUGUUAAAUGAUGAACUUACAGAGAAGCUAUUCACGCUGGCUAACUCUGUUGGUCAAGAUUUGGCGGCACUAAAUAUCCAAAGAGGAAGAGACCAUGGACUCCCCAGCUACAAUGAAUACCGAAAAUUAUGUGGCUUAACAAAAGUUACCAACUUUGAGGAACUAAGACAAGAGAUCACAGAAAGAGAUGUAAGAUCAAAUCUUCAAGCUCUCUACAGCCACCCAGAUAACAUUGAUUUGUUUGUUGGUGGAAUUAGUGAAACCCCACUGCCUGGAUCCAAAGUUGGGCCGACUUUUCAGUGUUUGAUAGUGGACCAAUUUCAAAGGACUCGAGAUGGUGACAGAUUCUGGUAUGAGAAUCCCGGUGUCUUCACUGCUGAGCAAUUAACCCAGUUAAAACAGGUAACCCUGGCCCGGGUGAUUUGUGACAACGCUGACAAUAUUGACCGUAUACAGAAAGAUGUGUUUGUCAUUGCCAAAGAAAAGGACUAUGUGUCAUGUGAAAGCAUCACUAAGAUUGACCUCAAGAUGUGGGCUGACUGCUGUCAUGAUUGUGAGAAAUCUGGAAAUUUUGAAUCAAUUACAAGUCACUAUCGCAGUCGGAGAUCAACUCACAGUUAUCCGGAGGAUCAUCCUGUUCAAAGCUCACCCAGAAUUGACCAUUCUCAAAUUCAAAGUGAUGCACCAGCUGCAGUUAGUGGAUAUAAAACGGUUGAAACUGACAAAAUUCACUCCCAGAUGGACCAAUUUGACAUUCGCAUGGAUGGGAUGGAGAAAAUGAUUAAAAAAUUUGACACAAUGUUCCAAAAACUUAAGAAACGGGUGACCUUCUUGCAACGAAAGAUGACAAAAGAUUCUUUCAGUUGCCGUGGAAAUGAUGGAAAAUUACAUCCAAAUAAAGAAGAGUGGAAAAUCAAUGAUUGUAAAACUUGCAUGUGUCAGAAUGGACAAGUGGAAUGCCAGAAACAGGUGUGUCCCAAACCAAUUUGUAAAAACCCCAAAAAGGUUGAUGGCGUCUGUUGUCUGGUUUGCUGA